AUGAAUCAAUCAGCAGAGAAGAGGGAGGACCAGAGGAGGCACCAAUCAGGGUCGCAAAUCAGUGGGGUAGAGGAAGGGAGGCUUGAAUUGUCAGAGAGAGGCGUUAAGAUGGAGCAGAAGAGGUGGAGCGGCAAGAUUCUAGUGGCGCACCGCCAAGAACCAGGUGUAGGAUUUCACUAUAGAGUAGGCAUUUUGUUCAUAAAUGUUUCACUUUACUGUGUCAUUCUCUGA